CGCAAUUGUAGAAUGGGCUUAAUGCAUCAUAAUAAAACACGUAAUAAUAAUUUUUUAUUUUUAACGCGCAAAAAUUAUGUUAAUUACUGCUUUAUUACGCUCUUUCUAUCUUAUAUGUUUAAAUAUGUAUUCGUGAAAAUUUAUGCUGCUCUCACGUAUUCAACUCGACUCCAAAACAGUGCCGAUACAUUUGAAACUGUGCUGUAUCAAUACGAGUCUUUUAUGUGUUACACACGGUUUAUAAUUUCGAGCUUGAACUUCACCUAACCUCACAAAACAACGAGUUGGACGAAAUGGCAAACACUAUAUGGCAAAAGUUAUUUUAUAACACCGUACUAUCACAGACCUUUUCUCCUGAUGGAAAUUAUUUACUGGCUGGCAAUAUUUAUGGAGAUGUGUCAGUGUUUGACCUGUCAAGAGCCUUAGGACCCAACAAAGUAGAAGAGAAUGAAUUACAAGGACCCAAUUAUCAUUUUACUGCACAUCCUGACCAGCAGGUUGCAUGUAUGUUGUCCACAGAAAAUUUUUUCGUGACAGGAACACGUGGUGAGAUAUCAGGAUGGGAUUGGAAGAUGGUGACUUCCAAUAAAGCUCCUAACAGUAAAAUUUCAUGGAGUAUACAAAUUCCAACUAACAAAGACAGUUAUGAGAAACCAGAUGUAAAUUAUAUGGUGUAUUCAAAGUCAAAUAAAUUAUUAUAUGCUGGCUGUGGAGAUAAUAAUAUAUAUAUUAUAAACUUAGAAGAUGGAAGAAUUUUGAGGGAUAUGCAAGGCCACACUGAUUAUAUUCACUGCCUUGCUGUAAUGGGUAAUCAGCUUGCGUCCUGCAGCGAAGAUGGCUCUGUGAGAUUAUGGGAUUUGCGCAAGAGAGAGAAUACUAAUAUAUUAACGCCACAUUUAGUAGAUAAAGUCGCUCGACCACGAUUGGGAAUGUGGAUAGGUGCUGUAGAUUUUACAGAGGAUUGGCUGCUAUGUGGAGGUGGACCCAGCCUGUCACUAUGGCAUAUGCGCACCAUGGAAGCGGCAACAAUCUUCGAUCUGGCCGAUCAGGGCAUUCACGUAGCAGAGAUCUACGAGGAGCGCGUGAUUGCGGCCGGUGCAGCCCCCUAUAUCUAUCAUAUAACAUAUCAGGGCGAAACGCUGGCGAAGGUACCCACGUCCAGCAAUACUGUCUACAGUGUCGUCUAUCAGGAAUUACCGCAGAAGGUGCUAAGCGCAGCUGGUUCCUCGAAUCACCUCGACCUCUGCACGAACUUCAAUUAUCGCGAGAUGAUACUCAAGUUCGCGUGAUCGACAGAAGAGUGAAUAAGGCGAUCAGAGAAAGCCGUGGCCAGCGAUGACCGCUGGGAUGAAGCCCUCUCGCCCGUCUCUGGAGCGCACCCAGAACCAGUCGCUCACGUGGUCGCUUAGUAGGGCAACUACGUCGCCCUUGGACACUGUCAGUGCAUUGCCGCCGCGCGCUUCGUAGUCACUCCUGAUCACCAGCAACGUGUGUCGCGAACCCUUGGUGCGCGCGUUUGCCGCCGCUCUCAGGUACAAUCGGUCGACGCUACGCUCGCCGCACGCUGACACCGCGUCUCUAGAACUCCGCCGAACUCUGCCGCUACGACCGCGAGCCCCCCCGCACUCUGACCGGGUGUCCCGAAGCUUCUCCGUGUCGGUCAUGUUCCCUGAAAGUUAAAAGACAGCACGAGAUAAUUGAUACAUGAAUCUACAAUCUAUCUGUGAUCUAUCUUUGAUACAUGAAUAUUUAUCAAUUUACAUACUUUGCAAUGUCAGAAAUUUGAUACCAACAAUUGCGAGAAUUCAAAGAUUUUAGGAUUUUUCGUACUGAAGAGAUUUGUGUAAUUUUCGUUAAAAUCGUCGAGAAGAAUUUCACGUACCAAGAGGCCGAGGGAAGACAUCAGUAGAAUCUUCCCAACAGGGUCCUCGCGUAGGUUGUGGUAGGAUUCCGAGGGGUAAACAGGCGGCAUAGCCAACGUAGCCUUCUUGGCCGUGAGGAGUUUGCACAUAUAACCAGGUUUGAUUCUUGAAGACUGCAUUCACAACUGUACCUAGAGGCAGGGCCAUCUCGUCCUGAGUUCCACCUUGGGUCUGAUACAACACCGACGGGAAAGACAGGACAACAGGAAUAUUUGCUGGUCUCUCUAUAGAAGCCUACAAUUUUUUUUAUGUGUGUGUCAGUGUAUGAAGUUGGACUAAAGUAAGAAAAGUGAAAGCGAAAUCACCUUGGUUAAGAACGCGUCGAGAUCGGCGAUUUCGUAGCCGAAUCUACUGGGUGGUCUAGGUUUGUGCGAGCGUUUGGUUCGUCUGUGCCUGUGUUUUUCUCGUCCGCUGGGCGUCGAAGUUGACUCUCGCGACACCAGGGAGGGUUCGGAGACAGCUCUUUUCACUUUCUCCUUCGUAUCCUUUAAGCUCACGAAUUCCUUAUCGGAGUGUUGCUUUUCCAGCGGACUUUCCAGUCGUCCCUCAUUCCCGAUCGUUUCCUUGCCAAUAAUCUUAGGAAGAAUUAUUUCGAAGAAGUAUAGAAACUACAAAAAGAA